UUGGGGUCGAAGGUCAUGAAUGGGCAGCGCCAAAUGAUCCCUGCACCCAACAGUAGCUUUAAUCUGACACUCACAGAAAGAGGUGUUUCUUCACACUUCACACGAUACGGAAUCGCAGAUGAUUUUCGCGGCAAGUGGGAAUGGUUGUCACGGUUUAGAGCAAUGAUUUCCGGCUGUGGAAAAGGCCCCCGGGCAGUGUAGUUUCCGCUGACGUUGCGCUCUGGAAGAUGGCGUCUUCGGCCAAACGGCGGCAGCUGGAUCCGGCAGUAGAGGAGUCUAGGGGAAGUGGAACGGAGGAAGAGUCUGGGGACAGUAGUGAAGAGUCGGAGCCGGAAAUACACCAAGAAGUGCAAGUAGAUUUUGAAGCGCAUGCCAUAUCUGACAAUGAUCAUAAUGGAAUCAAGAGACUGUUGCAACAGUUAUUUCUCAAGGCCAGUAUCAACAUCAUUGAACUAGCUAACAUCAUAAUUCAACAAAAUCAUGUUGGAAGUGUUAUUCGGCAAGCUGAGAUAUUGGAUGGAAGUAAUGAAGAAGAUGACGAAGAUGACAUCUUUGGGUUCAUCACUGCUAUAAAUCUGACUGAAAGAAAGGGAAUGGAGCCUGUUGAGCAGAUUAAAGAAUUGGUUCUGAGCCAGUGCGAGACUCACCACCAGGGUACAGCUGAGCAGCUGGACAAAAUACUAAAUGACAACAGCAAGCCAGUGAGCUUUCUCAUCAGUGAACGCUUCAUCAAUGUGCCACCACAGAUCUCUCUGCCCUUACACAAACAACUCCAGACUGAAUUGAUGGAUGCCCGCAAGACCAAUAAAUCUUGUGGCAAGAGUCAUUAUUACCUUAUGAUCAGCAAGACCUGUAUGGAAGCGGGAAAAAAAAAAGUGCCACAACAAAAGGGCAAAGUGAAAGAAGAAUUAAGGUUUAUAAAUGCAGAAGAGGAAUUCUUUUAUGAGCAAUCUGUUAUAACAUACAGCUACUCUGUGCAAGAAGAGAGUGACAGCUCUCUCUCUGGACGCUGGUCUUUUGAUGACGUACCUAUGAAACCUCUUCGAACAGUUAUGCUAAUUCCUGCUGACCGAAUAAAUGCAAUUAUGAACAAACUUGAAGAAUACUUAACAAUAUAAUGAACUGAAACUACAGAAGUUAUCCACUUUAGACAAAAUGUUUCAAGUUGUAAAUAUGUGGUUACUUUAUCCCAUUAAUUUGGUAUUUUAGUGAAAAGAUAAAUCUUUUGAAAUAGAAAUAAAAAACAAUUUCUUGGUUUA